GGAUUUACUUGGGUGUCCGCGGAGAUGCCUGAACAGAGAAGAGACAGUCCUGUGGAAAUGUCAAAGCUGUUCCUGUCCUCUGACACUUGGGGAGUUAUCAAGCUGCCACCGAGUUUGCUUACGUGACAGCUAAUUUCGAGAUGGAGUGUCGCGUGCUAUCCAUUCAGAGUCACGUCGUCAGAGGAUACGUCGGAAACAAGGCAGCAACGUUCCCCUUGCAGGUGCUGGGGUUUGAAGUGGACUCGAUCAACUCUGUGCAAUUCUCCAAUCACACAGGUUAUUCUCACUGGAAGGGGCAAGUGCUGACGGCAGAGGAACUGAAUGUGCUGUAUGAGGGCAUUAAAUGCAAUAAUGUCAACUACUAUGACUAUGUCCUCACAGGGUACAGCAGGGACACGUCUUUCUUGGAAAUGGUGGUUGAUAUUAUUCAGGAGCUGAAGAAGGCCAAUCCAAACUUGGUGUAUGUUUGCGAUCCAGUCAUGGGAGACCACGGAGCGAUGUACGUUCCAGAGAACCUGCUACCAGUCUACAUGAACAAAGUUGUACCUGUUGCUGACAUACUUACACCCAACCAGUUUGAAGCAGAGCUGUUAACUGGCAGGAAAAUCAGCACAGAGAACGAUGCUAUUGAGGUGAUGGAAUUGCUUCAUCAAAUGGGCCCAGAGACAGUGGUACUGACCAGCACAUACCUGCCCUCUAAAUAUGGGGACCAAUACCUGGUGGCCCUUGGGAGUCAAAAAAUAGUGAAACCAGAUGGGACCAACUCUAGCCAGAAGAUACGGAUGGAAAUCCCCAAAGUCGAUGCUGUGUUUGUGGGGACAGGUGACCUGUUUGCUGCUAUGUUACUGGCCUGGACCCACCACCACCCAAAAGACCUGAAGGUUGCCUGUGAAAAGACUGUCUCAGUCAUGCAUCAUGUCAUUAAGAGGACCAUAACCUAUGCCAAUGAGAUGGCUGGUCCUGGGAAGAGGCCUAACCCUGCCCAGCUGGAGCUCAGGAUGGUUCAGAGCAAAGCAGACAUAGAGAAUCCUGCCCUUGUAGUCAAGGCUACAGUUUUAUAGAAGUCUGCUGAUGUGAAGGAGAUUUAUCUUUCUGCACUGCACAUUACUCAUGUCGGUAGGAAAUUGCGGGGCAGUCAGCCAGACACAAACACAGAACUUUUUACAUCGUGGAUUGUCAUCUGUCUCUGGCUUAUGGGAUCUUUUUGGGAGCACAACUAUGUUUGCAUGAGAGUGGUCACUGGUUGGCGGGUUUUACCCUUUAAAAUCCUGCAUACACUCACUCUAAUCACUGCCAUAUGAAUGAUGUCCUGUGUUGUUACGAUGACCCGUAUUGUCAUCAUUUAUGCGGGUUAAAUAAAUAGGCUUAAGCCACUCAUGUUUAGGCUAAGACAGUUUAGGUGUCUGUGUAUUUGGAUCCUGUUUCAUGUAAUGCAAGUAAAUGAUCCUAUACAACAAUUGAUCUUGGUUAGGAUUGCAGAACACAGUAAAUACCGAUUGAUGUACUACCGGGCCUUUACCUGAUUUAGUUUGAAUAAAAGUCAUUGUUGACUCGUACCGAAUGUUAAGUGUUGCUCAUAAGGUAUUAUAAGCACAUUAUAAAUGCAAUGUAAGAAGAAAAUGAUUGUUACGAUUAAUAUGUUAGCAUGUGGGAAAAAUCUCAAGUUGUUGAUAGGUUGUAGGGCAACGUAAUCAUAACCGUUUAUGUUUUUUGGGCAUUUUAGUCUUUUUAGAAAGGACAAACUGAGUAGGGGAGAAUACGCAGCAAAGGACACACAGCCGGGUGGUUGCUGUCAUCAGGCCUGAGCUAACUCAGUUUGCGUUUAACUGGCUGAGCCAUCAGAAUAUCCAAACCUGAAUAACUGUAAAAUAUAGUAAUAUCAGAAUCAUAAUGCAUUAUAAUAUGUUAUGAUGUAAUUACAGCUAAAUAGCAUGUGUCUUUAUAAUGUGCUUGUAAUGUGCAUGUAAUUGUGAUGUCUCACAGUGUGGUUCAUCUGAAGCAUUUCACUCUGAUGGGACAUAUUGAUGCAUUAGUAGUGAUCAGAUGCGCCAGUAUGAUUCUUAGUACCAUGAAAUGUCAAACAUCUUGCAUAGUACAAGCCUGUUCAUGUUUGAGUACACUGGUUUUGAUUUCACAAUGCUUUGUUUUAAACAAAAUGGUAAUUGAAUGUUUUAAUGUUAAUAUCCUCAGUAGUACAGACAUCCACAGCCCCGAAUUUUUUAUACAUUUAGUUUCCAUUUUUCUCCUCUUAAACAUUAUGCAAUGAUUUUUAACUGUAAUUUUUAGAUCAACAUUGUAAGUGUCUCAAAUUGAGGUAAAACAAUUUGCACAGAUAAUCUAGACUAUAUUAGCUAAUGAUCGUUGUUUUAAUAUUUUGACCAUUGCCAUAUCUCAGAUAACAUAGUUGUCAGUGUGAGACCAUGCUGUAUAAUGGCCUUAACAGGGUUUGCAAGAACAGUUGUACAGAUUGUUUUUGUAUGCCAUUGUAAUACUAAGUCCUCACAGUAUUAGCUGUUAAGUGCCAAACCUUAAGCUGCUGCUAUGAUAUGGAGCAAUAGAUGAGUAAUAAUAAAUGUUUAAUCUUUUCAAUUUUCAGUCCAGUUAUUUUUGUUUCCAAGUGUCUGAGAU